AUGGAACUGUGCCUGCUGUCCCGUAUUGAUGAGGAGCUGGACUCUUCUGAUGUGGCUGUUCUGUGCUUCCUGUGCAGAGACAUGCUCAACAGGAAACGCCUGGAGGCAGUGAGGGACAGGGACCACAUACAGAGAUUAUUAAGGUCCAACCCUAACGUCUUCCUACACAUUAAUGUACGUCUGAAAGCAUUGGAUGAUAGGUUUGGUAUUAGUAAUGUGGUAAUAACUCCACCUGUCCCUCAGACCGGUUAGGGGUGGAGUAAGGUAACACCAUAUUGAUGACCGUCCCAGGUUGUUAGCUAUAGCUAGCUAAUUAGGUAACAUGACUGAACAAGGUGUAUCCUAAACAAAUGGUUAACGGAAGGGAUCUGCAAGUAGCCUAGUUUUCUAUAUACUUUAUGAAUGUAAAAUGCGGCCCGCCAAUGCACGAUAUACAUUUAAAAAAACUUAGUGCUGGUAUUAUGGAUCAUUUAGUUCUAGUUUUUUCUGUGUCUAUUUAGUCAAUUAUAGUCUUGUCAAUUGCCACAGAAAAAUAGGUGCUUGACAAAAAAAAGGUCACUAUUUUUGUUAACACUGACACACACACCCACAAUUACAUUCUCUCUCUCUCUGUCUCUUGUAGACGGCCCUGGAGGUGCUGUGUGAGAUGGAGAGGCUGUGUGAGAUGGAGAGGCAGGGGCUUCUGACAGAGGACAGACUGGAUGAGCUACAGAGGACACUGGAGGAGUGUGACACACAGCUGACCCGCACAGUACGCCAGCACAGAGGAGGUACAUAUUGAUAUACACACACACACACACACACACACACACACACACACACACACACACACACACACAUAAUACACACACACACACAGCUAGCCAGCAGGUACAAAUCACUCUCACUCUCUCCUCUUCUGUCUCUCACACAUACACACUCUUUCACUCUGAUUCAUAUUUCAGUAUUUAUGCAUUAUAUUAAAAUAUACAUUGUUAUUUUUACAUGGUUGUUGUUUUUUAGCAAGGGGCAAUCUGUCAUGGCAGAAAUCUUCUGUUUAGCCAAUCAGCAACCAGAAACAGCAGCCCAGCUCCUCCCCCGGUUCAGCAUGGACCAGAGGGCCUUCAGCCCCCCUCAGUCACUACAGAGCAUGUCUAUAUCAGAAUCACAGCCCAGCCCAGCUCCUCCCCCCGGUUCAGCAUGGACCAGAGGGCCUUCAGCCCCCCUCAGUCACUACAGAGCAUGUCUAUAUCAGAAUCACAGCCCAGCCCAGCUCCUCCCCCCGGUUCAGCAUGGACCAGAGGGCCUUCAGCCCCCCUCAGUCACUACAGAGCAUGUCUAUAUCAGAAUCACAGCCCAGCCCAGCUCCUCUCCCCGGUUCAGCAUGGACCAGAGGGCCUUCAGCCCCCCUCAGUCACUACAGAGCAUGUCUAUAUCAGAAUCACAGUCCAGCCAUAAGUCUCACACACACACACACAGACACAUACACGUGUAGCUGAAGUGUGUUCUUGCCCCUUGUCCAUAGGUGAGUGUGGGCAAAGCGUGAGUUUGUACUCGGAUGCAGACACGGCACCUCAGACUGGGUCUGGGCCUGACCAGGUAACAACUUCAACAAUGCAGCUCUGGAACAUCUCUAGGGUUAGACAGUAGGGUGGACUAUAGACAUCAAACAUAACGUUGGGCAUUUAUUUUAUUGUUGUCCAUGGGGUUAGAGGUAACUGUGUGUGUGUUUGUCCAACUGAUGGAGCGCUAUCCCAUUACCUGUAAUCCUCGGGGGAUGUGCUACAUCAUCAAUACCCACCAUUUCCUAGGAACUUCAGAUCUGAGGGACAGACCAGGAACUGAGCAGGACGAGAGUAGGCAUCCUUGCUCACCUUAUUGGUUGAUAUUAUGAGCCUGAUCUCAUUCAGUGAAGCCCAUUGGCCAACCUGGAUUUCAAAUUCUGUCCUCUCUCUCUCUCUCUCUCUCUCUCUCUCUCUCUCUCUCUCUCUCUCUCUCUCUCUCCCUCUCUCUCUUUCUCUCUUGCUCUUUCUCGCUCUCUCUCUAGGGGCUCUUUUUAGUGUGUUCUCCAAGUUGGGGUUUGAGGUGGAGGUGGAGAGGGACCUGACAGGGAGGACCAUGUUAGAGGUGGUACAGGAGCUGGGAGGGCGGAGUCACGUACAGGCAGAUGCUCUGGUGAGCAGUGAGAUCUAUUUGUACGGUCAUAAAUCUCCAUACUCUUCAGGAUCGGCUCUGGAAGCCCAAUGGGACUCCAUUGAAUGGAACUGAAUAAAACAAUUUUAUCUAAUCUCUCUGUCUCUGGUCUUAGGUGGUGUGUGUGCUGUCCCACGGGGAGAAGGUAUGUGUGUUUGGAACAGACGGGGGGGUGGUGCCCAUCCGGUCCCUCACACGCCCCUUCACCAGCGCACAAUGCUCCUCUCUGGCUGGCAAACCCAAACUGUUCUUCAUCCAGGCCUGCCAGGGGAAGGGCCUCCAGCAAGGGACACUAUUAGCCCCCUCCAUUGGGCAGGGAGAGAGACAGGGGCGGUACGAAGCGGACGCCGGCGCCAUCGAGUCAGUCCCCUGGGAUGCAGACUUCCUGGUUGGUAUGGCAACAGUGGAGGAGUAUAAGUCAUUCCGGAACACUAGGGCAGGUUCCAUCUACAUCCAGGAGCUCUGCAAACAGCUGGUGUUGGGAGCUGCCAGGUGAGUUAGGGGAGUGGGGGGUAGGGGCAUUAACAGGUGAGAGAUGUGUUGUGAUGUGUAUUUCCUGUUUCCUGUAUAGUGGGGAGGAUAUGCUGUCGGUGCUGACGCGUGUGAAUCAUGAGGUCAGCAGAGGACUGUAUGGAGACUCCAAACAGAUGCCCGAGCCCAAGUACACCCUCACCAAGAAACUUUUCCUCCGCUACCCCUGA